CGCCCCAAUUUCGGCUGACACCGCCCGGGACUGUGACACGGUCAGACGGUCGCGCUGCUAAUGACGUAUGGUUGGAACGUCAGCACAGCGCGACUUAUUAUCGGUGUCCCUGAGCCGGGCGGAUCACCGGAGACACAAUCUGAGCGUGGGGAGAACACUGCUAUGCUUUAGAUGCCAUGGGAUCCCCGGAAAAGCUCGUCGCUGGAAGUGUUGCUCCUAGUAACGUGCUGAUGGGGUCACACUGUGCGGCCGAUCCUGCCGUAGUGCAAAUACAGGCAAGCAAGUCAGAAAUCGACAGAAGGAUAUUGGCAUUCAUCGAGAGAAAGCAAGCAGAGAUCAAUGAAAACAACGUCCGGGAGUUCUGCAACGUUAUUGAUUGUAAUCAAGAGAAUAGUUGUGCCAGAACAGAUGCCGUUUUCACUCCAUUUCCUGGAUUCAAGAGCCACAUAAAAGUCUCCAGGGUUAUGAAUACUUAUGGGCCUCAAACUAGAACCGAUGUCUCUGCUUCCAGCUCAAGAGCACAUUCUCUGCCAUCUGACUGUGGGAACCAGGCAGUGGAAGAGAGGCUGCAGAACAUUGAAUGUCACCUAUCCCUAAAGCCAGGGGGACCUGUGCCGAAAGACAUUUACCAGAGAAUUAAGAAGUUGGAAGACAGGAUCCUGGAGUUGGAAGGCAUUUCCCCUGAGUACUUCCAGACUGUGGGUGCUUCGAGUAAGAGAAGGAAAGUCCAGGACUCACAGAAUUACUCACUGGUAGAGCUUGAUCAGAAAAUUAAUGCACUGCGACAGAAACUGAUACAGAAAAGCAAGAGGGACAUUUCUAGAACAGAUGGAGAACCUGAUGCCUGAAUAUCGCCAUGUGUUUGAUGUUACUGCCUUUUUUCCUGUCUUUUUUUUUUUUUUCUGUUACUCCUGUGACAGCUACUUAUGGUUUUACUACAUUUCAGUGACCUCAGACGUACUGCUAAGUCACACCACAACCUGUGUUGUUGUGUAAGGAUUACAUGAGAAUGAUGAGCUGAUUUUGGGACCAGAUAAACAUGUUAUAGGAAAAGACUUUAUACAAUGAUUCUAUAUUGCAGAGGUUCCCAAACUCAGUCCUCAAGGCACCCUAACAGUCCAGGUUUUAAGAGAUCCAUGGCUCAGCACAGAUGGUUAAAUUAAAUUGACUAAGGUCACCUGUGGCCAAGCAUAGAUAUACUUAAAUCCUGGACCAUUAGGGUUCCUUGAGGACCGAGUUUGAGAACCUCUGUUCUAGUGUAUGGUAAGCUCAUCCAAUGAGACUUAGUUAAAAAUUUAUAGAACCAUGUAGCAGAAAUAUUCCUGAUCUCCCAAUAUUGCCAUAAGACAAGGUGGGGAAACCAUUAUAUGAUAAAAGAAAAAGCGUUACAAAUUAUUCUCUUACCAUAAUAUGAUUUCCUGGACAAAAUAUGUACAGAAGGGCUUUUCUGCUUGCCUGACUAUUCUGAAACAGGGUGUUGAAUUAAUUAUUUUCUGGCAUGCUCAAGAACCAGUCCUCAUUAUUUGGCAUGUAUUAGCUGAUUAUAAUUAUGACAACAAUCAUAACUUCAGUUUUCUUUACAAAGUAGGUAGAGAGAGGUGUACUUCUCCAAGACUGCAUCAACAUAAAGAUGCUCUAUACCAGGGCUGUUCAACAUGUGUUCCUCCAGUUGUUGUGGAACUACACAUACUGCUCUAUGCUAGGAUGAUGGAGUAAAACCUUUCCAAGAUUGCUCUAUGCUAGGAUGAUGGAGUAAAACCUUUCCAAGAUUCAGUUUAGUCAAUACAGGCACAUAAUGAGAAGAGGUAGCACAGCAAGUUUAGGAAUCAUGGAAUGGGCUUCUCUGUAGAAGGCAUUACCUGUACAACAGCCGAUAAACUUAUCUGUAAACAUACUUGGAUAAUUCCAGGACUGAACAUAGUUUUGCCAAGAGAUCUUUGUAUGGUAUAAAGAAAAAUGUUUACUCUCACUGUCUUUUUUUCUGGAUUUGUUUCUUUCAGAAAUACAUUUGUGCUAUGGAGUAGUUGGGACUAUUGUUUGUUUCUUUGCAUUUUUAAACGUUAACAGUUGUAUAUGUUUGUUUUAUGAACCUGUUUAUAGAUCCAACUGUACUGUAGAGGCAAAUUUGUAUAUAUGUCAUAAUCCCUUCACUUGCUGUGUUUUAUGAUACUUGUUUACAUAGAAUAAAGCUCAUUUUGAGUGCACCAAA